AUGCCUACUUCUAGGUUUCCAACGGACCGGAGUAAAUCAGUUUUCAUUGGUGUGUUAGUGACCUUCAUCUUAAGUACCCUUUUCGUCGUCAGCCGCCUCGUGAGCCGCUUUAGAAUUGUCAAGCGCCAUGGCUGGGAAGAUUACACAAUUAUAGUAGCAUGGAUCCUUGCCUUUGGCUUGUCCUUUACCGUCGCAUUUAGCACAUUCAAAGGCCUAGGGCUUCCUGAGGAGGACAUCCUCCUAGAAUGGGUUGACCCACUGCUUGAGGCGAGGUAUGCCGCGAUCGUGCUUUUCAACCCGGCACUGAACGUCACUAAGGCUUCGAUACUUCUUCUCUACAUUGACAUUGCACGACGCCAACAGGCGUUCUUAUAUAUUGGCUCCUAUGUGACUCUUACUGUCGUCCUCAUCGGUGGUAUUAACUUCACCUUCCUCACUGCCUUGCAGUGCCGACCCGUGCAGGCCGUCUACGAUCUCACCAUCAAGUAUCCUAGCUGCAUACCCAUUGAGAUUAUCGAUCUGGCCACCGUCCCCUUCAACGUCGCCACGGGAAUUGUCAUCCUAAUUCUGCCGAUCCCCGUGCUAACGACGUUGCGCCUACCGCUGGGCCAAAAGACCAUUGUGUUGCUGAUUUUCGUACUGGGCGUCAUCCUUAUCAUCGUUGUCGAUGUUGUGCGUAUCUAUUACUUGCAGCUGGCGGCCAUCCAACUCCGUCAGUUUAACAUCAGGCCUCCCGUUAGUCCUGAAUUUCUCCACACUGCGGGUUUGACAGCCUUGUGGUCGACCGUCGAGGUCAAUAUGACCAUCGUCGGUGCUUGCAUCCCUACCCUGCCGCCGUUGAUUAAGUGGUUGAAGUUGGUAUUGGAUCGUUCUCGAGAAAACAGCAACAGUCAGGUGCUUAGUUCAUCUUCACGACAGGAUGGUGAAACCGAGACUGGUUCACGUUAUCCUAUUGAGCUCUACCCUUAUCAGUCGGGUAUCACAUCACUGCGAGCUGACUACCAGGAGCAGCUGCAGCCGCAGAUAUAUGCGACAUCCACCCGCCCGGCACUGGAAACGGAGGAAGCACUAUCGCUUUACCAACGCAGCGACGUAUUCGCCUUCUCUAGGUCUAUCGGAUUUGAAGGGUCCAGGAGCAUGCUUGACAUGCGGGGCUCAGAAUCCGUCAAGUACUGCGCGCUAGUCGACAUUCUUCUCUUCCUGGAGGGAUUCAUCAUUGUCAUGUUAUUUUCCGUCAACGGUAGCAUGCCUGUCGUGAAAAAUGAAACCCAGGCCAUAGGUAUUAACUCGGCCACUUACGGCGGCGGAGCGUGUAUCGUGCCAUUUCUUGGGUAUUGGCUUUUACGUCACGUUGGAUUUAAGGCCACUUUCUUGACAGCAUUAGCUGGAAUUUGCAUGGGGACCCUGAUAUUCUGGCCAUCUGGGGCCUUGGGUUCCUAUCCUGGAUUCAUCGUCGCCAACGUUUUUGUUGGAACAGCUAUAACCUUAUUGGAUAUGUCGUCGGUUGCCUUCCUCACACUUUGCGGACCCACCCAGUAUGCUGAAAUCCGCGUACUCAUUGGGCUAGGCGUUGGUUAUUGUGGUUCAACUUUAGGCCUUCUGCUCUCAAAGGAAGUCUUCUUUACUCAUGUGGCUAACGCCCGAAGAUUGAUUUACAUCCAGUGGACUUACCUAGCGGUUGCUCUUUCUAUGGUUCUGUUGGGACUCUUUUACUACUACAUGCCACUUCCUGAAGCAACAGAUGAGGAUCUACAGGGUCGAGAUAACAGGCUAUGGAUACGCCCUUCAGAUAGAUUCUUUGGCAAGCUUCCCAUCAUUUUUACGACAUUGGCGCUAAGUGCCCUUGCCGAGUUCUGUUCAACCGCUUCGUUAUCAAGUAUUCGAACAUUCGUCGGUACUCUCCUCGAAAGUGUUUCUACAAGCACUCAUACUUCUCCACGCCUCACAACAUUAAAUUUGAACAUCGUUUUGUCUGCCAUAUUCGGUGGGAGCCAUUUCGUCCUUUCUUUCUUAUGUCUUGUUAUCCCGCCACGCAUUCUCCUUCUCUUGCUCUUUGCCUGUGGUAUUACAUUCUCUGCGCUCAUUAUUUGGCUAGAUUUCUCCUCCGCCCGAACACCUGAAUCUAUACUGCUUUCCUUUGCCAUUCCACUGGGACCCACUCCAAGCUUAAUCUAUGCCCUGGGACUGCGCGGUAUGGGCAGCUGGACCAAGUUCGGGGCUAGCGUGCUUGAAGGUAGCGGCAACCUUGGACCUACCAUCUACCCCUGGGUCGUGUGGGCACUGGUACGGGCACACAGCGAUUCUGUCCAAUUCUCAUUCUAUGCGAUUUUUGCUGCCUUGGUCGUUGGGACCGUUUUCCCGCUUUUCCUCAACCUGGUCCGCGCCGCGCUACCCCGUACUAGAUACCCUAUCUGGUCUACCGGGAUAUUAUCUGGCAGCCAUCCUGCUCACUCAUAG